CCCUCUCUCUCUCCCUUUCUUCCCCUCCGCCCAUGAUGAUGUGAUAAGAGAAGCAGCUCCGCUCCGGCCGGCCUGCCUGCAGCCUCCAAUCAAAUGGAUUGUGUGUGUUCAAACUGCUGUCGGUUUUCCUCACACCCUGUGUGAAUGUGUACAAGAGGGAGUGAGAGAACGCGUGUUUGAACAUAAUGCUUUAGGGGACUGUUGAGGUUAUCCUGCUUUGGACACGCUUAAGAAGUAUUUUGUCAGUGAAAUGUGUUCUCCUAAGAAAACCACCUUUUCCGGGAUGAGAUUGCGCUGUAAAUGUAUCAAAAAUCUGGAACCCGGCAUGAAAAAGGCGAGCAGGCCGGUGGCUGCCACCACCAAGGCAGCAGGGGGUGCUAAAACACAACUGGUUGAGAAGGGCAAAGCCGAGGGUGCUGCCAGCAACAUGGGCACAGGGGGCAAAAGCACAGCAAAGACUGCAACCACGGGACCUCUAUCUAAGGCAAGAAGCAGUGAUGAUCUGCCAGCUGUGACCACUGCUACAGGAGGAACCAACCCUGGUGCCAAGACCAAAAGGACCAGCAACCCCGGCACCAGUAACCCAGACAUCAAGACCAAGACCACCUCAGGCUCCAUGAGCAGACGUGGGACAUCAUCCCUAUCGAAAGAGCCCGGCUCCAGCCGCGAGAGCCUGAGGGAACGCUCCAGAGCCAGUGCCACCAAGAAGGCCUCAGGCCCGUCUGACCCAGCCGCUCUCCUUAAACGCUCCCGUUGCCGUCAGCUGGCCGAGUCAGAUUCCCGUAUGAGCAAGUCCCGCUCGGAGGGCCAGAUCAGCCAGAAGGCCCUCCUGGAGGCCCGAGUCAAAGACCUGCUGGGCUUGGCCAAGAACAAAGACUUGGAGCUCCUCCACCUUAGAGCUGAGCUACGAAACAUGCGCACCCAGCUCGGGCUGCGUGAGCCUGAGCCAAGUGAAGCUGAAUGCGUCGGUGAGGAAGCCAGCAGUGAUGCAGCCAAUAGCGGUGAAGGGGAUGAAGCUCCAGAGGUGAUGCCCGCCCUGGAGAAAGUGCCCACUGCCCAGAUCAGUGCUGCCGAUGUGGAGUCGACACUGCUGCUCUUGCAGGACCAGAACCAGGGUAUCCGUGGUGAACUCAACCUGCUUAAGAGUGAGAACCGCAUGCUGAAGGACCGCCUCAAUGCACUGGGCUUCUCCCUGGAGCAGCGGCUGGAUAGCCCAGAUAAAGUCCUUCGCUGCACCUCCCUGAGCCCGGAGCCCACCAUCAGCAGUGGAGGUUGCAGCGGAGGUACCUUGGCAUCUUCAGCCGAAGGCUCGGCCAGGGGCUCCACAGAGGACCUGUUGGCCGAUCAUCGGCGGCUGCGUCCGCUUUCCCCCGAGGCGGCUGACAGCGAGUGUAGCGAGGUUUACCAGCCCGUCACCUCCAGUGACGACGCGCUGGACGCCCGCUCCGGCUCCUCGUCCGAGUCGGAGGGAGGCGGUCUCCCGUCCUGCUCGUCGCCCUCCCGCUCCCGACGGGGCAGCAGCGCCGAGGGCAGCGAGGUGUCGGUGGCCUGCCUGACGGAGCGCAUCCACCAGAUGGAGGAGAACCAGCACAGCACCUCAGAGGAACUGCAGGCCACGCUCCAAGAGCUGGCCGACCUGCAGCAGAUCGCCCAGGAGCUCAGCACCGAGAACGAGCGUCUGGGCGAGGAGCGCGCCCUGCUGGUGGACUCGCUGUGCCAGCAAGGCGAGCGCCUGGACCUCUACGGGCGCCAGCUGGAGCUUUUCCGAGGCUUGCUGGACGAGCACCGUGUCCCGUACGCCAGCGACCAGGACCUGGACGCCCACAAGAGCGGGCGCUACGUGGAGCUCGAGCGGCGCUACGGCGAACUCGUGGAAGGGGCGCGCUGCGAGCGCGAGCAGCUGCUCGGGGUGCAGCAGCAGCUGAGCGGCGCGCUCAAGAUGGCCGAGCACGAGAACGCCGACGCCCAGGGCCUGGUGGCGGCGCUCAAGGAGCGGGUGCAGCGGGCGGAGCGGGUGGCCGACGCCGAGCGGCGCGAGAGGGAGAUGGCGAGGGUGGAGCUGGACGCCCUCAGGGUGGCGUCCGGCGGGGAUCAGGCGGAGCUGGCGCGGUGCCGGGCCCAGCUGGAGCAGGAGAGGCAGAGGGUGGCCCAGCUGAUGGCCAUGCACGGCGCCGGGGAGAAGAGCGACAUCCGCCACCUGCUGGACAGCGAGAGGAUGGAGAAGGAGCGGGCGGAGGACCGGGCCGAGGAGCUGCAGGAGGAGCUGGGCCACACCAGGGUUCAAGCAGCGCAGCUCCGCGACGCCAUCAGCAAGCUGGAGAGUGACUUUGGGGCGUUCCGCGGCGAGGUGCAGCAUCAGCUGGCGGACCAGAAGCGUGCGCUGGAGAAGCAGCGGAUGGAUCUGCAGGACAAGGACACGGAGAUCUCCAACAUGAAGGAGACCAUCUUUGAGCUGGAGGACGAGGUGGAGCAGCACCGUGCCGUCAAACUCCACGACAACCUCAUCAUGUCUGAUUUGGAGAAUACAAUCAAGAAGCUAACAGACCAAAGAUAUGAUAUGGACAAGGAGAUUAAAAUCCUCAAUCGCAAAAUACGGGAGGAGUCUGCUGAGUGGCGGCAGUUUCAGUCAGACCUGCAGACUGCGGUGGUCAUUGCUAAUGACAUUAAGUCUGAGGCUCAGGAGGAGAUCGGGGACCUGCGACGGCGCCUGCUGGAAGCUCAGGAAAAGAAUGAGAAGAUGAACAAAGAGCUGGACGAGGUCAAGAACCGCAAGCAGGGUGAGGAGCGUGGGCGUGUGUAUAACUACAUGAACGCUGUGGAGAGAGACCUGGCUGCGCUGAGGCAGGGCAUGGGUCUCAGCCGCCGCUCCUCCACCUCCUCGGAGCCGUCGCCCACCGUCAAAACACUCAUCAAGAGCUUUGACAACUCCUCGCAGUGUGAAGGACCUGCCACCGCUGUUGUGCCUGCCGUUGCCACGGCAUCCAUUACUCGCACCCCCCUGAGUCCGAGCCCUCUGAAGACCCCUCCAGCUGCUGCCAUCUCUCCCAUACAGAGGCACUCUGCAUCCACGCCCAAACCCCUCUCCUCUCUGGUGGACAAGAGAUCAAGCUACUCAGACCUCAGUAUCGCAGCAGGAGACCACCUUCUCCGUACUCCACCAGGCACACGUCCGGGCUCAGCUUCCAAGUCCAUCUCAGUAUCUCGACGGAGCAGUGAGGAGCUGAAGAGGGACCUGUCCGUCACAGAAACCACUGGCUCGACCCCCCUAAUUACACUUGGAUCCGCCUCCCCUCAGCUGUCACUCACCUCUAGCUCCUCCCCCACAGCAUCAGUCACACCCACAACCAGAGGACGCUUAAGGGAGGAGAGGAAAGACCCCCUGGCAGCCCUAUCGAGGGAAUAUGGCGGCUCUAAGAGGAACGCUCUGCUGAAGUGGUGUCAGAAGAAGACGGAAGGUUAUCCGAACAUUGACAUCACUAACUUCAGCAGUAGCUGGAACGACGGUCUGGCGUUCUGUGCGGUCCUCCACACAUACCUCCCAGCGCAUAUCCCCUACCAGGAGCUCACCGGCCAGGACAAGAGGAGAAAUUUCACCCUGGCCUUCCAGGCUGCGGAGAGCGUAGGGAUCAAGUCCACACUGGACAUUGGUGAAAUGGUGCACACUGAGAGACCUGACUGGCAGAGUGUCAUGACCUAUGUCACAGCCAUCUACAAGUACUUUGAGACCUGAAGACCCCCCCGCCCCCUCCUCCUCCUCCGCCCACCACCACCCCCCCUACCUGGACCUUCUCCAGAACCUCAGAGAUGGCGCCCCCUCAAGCACACUUCCUGAUUGCGGGACUUCUAACAGACAAAGCAAGCAGACUUUAAGCAACGACACUGAAAACAUUAAAGGCUUCGGCUUCCGAGGUGGUUGUGCUUCGCGCGUGCGGACUCGAAACCUCCUCAGCCUCUACUUCCUGCAGCAGUGCAGAGCUCCUGCACAGCAGAGGGUGCAUGCAUCUCUCAGCGUCUGACCGCCAUCCCACUGCACCAACACAGGCGCUCUGUACAAGAUUGGUGGUUUCAUGACUGCAUGUAUGUGCUAUGUGAAUAUGACUACAUGAGCAGGCCUUUGGUUUUUUGGGGGGAUGGGUGGAAGGGUUCCCUCCGAGCACAAACCUACCUUCACUUCCUGUCUACCUUGGCUGCUUGGUCUCUUGUAGGCCACUAGUAACGCCAUACAACUAGCAAAGUAGAAAAAAAAAACUGAAGAGACUGAGAUCAUAGUUGCAUGCCUCCACUUUUCAUUGUGUCAAAAGAGUAGUGUGCCAGAUGACCACUAGGGAAAGCCUUUGCUCUUCCGUGGCUCCGUGGUGGUGAUCGUGCCUUACCCUGACCCUCAAUUCAAUCCCAGAAUGCUCAGCAUUGACUUAGAACGUGCUUCUUGAAUCUGGGGAAAAGAAAUAGAUUUUUUGUGUGUCAAUAAGCUCAUUUCUGUUUUUCUCCAGGGGGAGACCCUGAAGCUUGUUUUUAUCAGCCGAUGUUCCACCCAGUGCCAAAUUGAGUUUGUGACAGCUCUGUUGAAGUCAUUGAUAUUGCUUACUAUUGGUGUCCUUUUCCUAGUUUCGAAGUCUUCACACUCCUGAAUAUGCACGUAAAAGGGACACUCUACAAUGACAAUUCUCUAUACCAAGUUUUUUAUGUAUGAAAAAUGAUUUCAAUUACAAUUGUAUAUUCCAAGCACACUUCAUAGUGACUUUUUGUGCAAUGUCUAAGCUAUAGCUAACGUGUCCAGUAGAACAAGUACCUCUGAAUGUUGGUCGCACACAUUCUUUGGACUGUAGAUCUUGCCCAUUUGCCUUUGUCCUGACACAUUGCUUGUCAAUACCCCCCUGAACAGAUGAUCAAUCCUGGCUGAAAUCUACUGCUGUACCCACAAGAGUUGCCAAUACCUCACCUCAGUGCUUUUCCUUUCCUCUGUACUGUAAUCCUCUAAAAUAACAUUGCUAAGUAAUCUGAUCAUCUUAAACAAGCGCCUUCAUCAAGGCAUUUUUCUAGAAGCCAUGUGGAUUUCCACGAUCAUGCUCUCCACAAGCAUUGCUUUGGAAAAAGGAUUUCGAAUCCCCGUUUGGCAUUCCAUUCCAGCCUCAUCUCGGAUAAUUUGCUCCCGGGUUUCAAAGCACAAGUAGGACAGAGGUGAGGCAAGUGCCCUCUUCUUGCCAUUUUUUCAGUUAAUUUAUCUCAAGCGCAAAAGCUAGGCUGAAGCCCUAAACUCAUCCAGAGAAACAAAGGGGAACCAGCUUUGAAUGCGUGCUUGGUUGUGAACAGCAUUGCUCAAAGGCUGCACUGUUUUAGAAUAUUUUGGAGCUGGUCUUGAGACACCGUACAGUAGUACUCCGAUCUCACAGCAGCACUGGACCACGCAUGCUGUUCUGUCGGGGAAGGACACAGCGAUCGCCACGCUGUCUGGUUGGAUGCCUUAUUCUACUGGAAAUCCCUGUCAAACUUCUUUGAACUCCCCUAAAACAGACUUCCUGGAUCCCGUGUCAGACAGCUUGUCAGUAUGAGAAAUGAAAACAUUCUACAGAACAAAUAAUAUUGGUUGUGCCAAACUCAAUACUGUCUAAGAACUUUUCACAUUUUGGGCUUCAUACAGGGUUGAGAUGAUUGGUUUCCCCUUGGGUAGUGGCCUUGAAAUAUCCACAGGGGAAAAUGGCCACAAGGGCCACAAGACCUCUUGUGAUCGUUAAUGUUGAAGCUGUGCUUGCAUAAUGAUGUGCAAGGGGGUUGAGGAACGUACUGUUAGUUUAGUCAACCACAAGUUCAGAUUGGGAUCUCCAUGCUAUCUCUAACUUACCCUAACUGCACACAAUCAGAAGACCACGGUCAACCGAGUCUGGUGACUUUUCUGCACGAUAUUUAUAUGUUCAGAGUAGCUAAGCCCAGCUAUUUGUUUGUCUGACGCAAACUCUGUAGUUUGCAGGCAUAAGCACAUGUUUUAUUAUUGUAUUAAUGAAGGUAUUGGAACAUAUUGGCUUGAGAACAAAGGCAUAGACUUUAGAUGAACUUAAAACACUAUAAAAACAACAAACAGUAGAUUCAGUGAUUAGUAGACCUUUAUAACACACAAGCCAUCUGACAUGGGGGAGACUAAAGCCUGCAGAGAGCUUGACGGUGAGUUUUCUGAGAGCGUUGUGCAUAUUUAUAUUAAAUUUGUCUGUCUUUUAUGGCUUUGUGUUUCAAAGAAAAAAUGGUGUGUAUGUGAGGUGUUUGUUGUGUCUAGUCAGAAUGCUUGUGUGUGUGUAAAAGGGCAGUAGAACUCAAACUGAACUGCAGCUCAUUAAGCAAUGAAGUUAAUUUGCCUCUGUUAAAACCAUUUUUAAAAGUUUACACUUUUUGUAGUGCUAUUUACACUGCUAAGUAUCACCCGAUCCUUAUUAUGCUGUUUAUUUGUCUCGUUUUCAAAUAAAAACUAAUCUACUGUA